UUCGUUUCUAACCAACUAUUACAUAAUACAACAGUGUUCCUGCACCGUCAACUUCUAAUUACAACCAGGGGCGGAUGUAAGUGGAGGACUAUAUGGGCUCUAGCUUAGACAGUUUUUUGGGCAAAAACUGUCUAAGUAUUGUUUCAGCUGUCUCGAGAGGGGUUUGAUCCAGCUAAACCACUAGAUGUCUUGGCCUGCUACUAUCGCUAUCGGUCUCAUUUAUCUGCAAAACAGACGAAGGUCAAAGGGAAGACCAGGUGUGCCAGCCUUCAACGCUCCGAUGCCUAAGUCAAUAUCGUUAUAAGAUAAUGAUAAUGGAAAGCGAUAGUAAACAGUUACCCCUUUGGGUUGUUGGAGAUGCCCUUAAUGUAGCAGAUUUGUGGGAGUCUGGUUUCGUUUCUUUCGGUGUGGGACGUUUGGGGUUCCCGAUAUCGCCCGAGGGGUAUCGGGCCCUCAGCUGGGAGCUUCAUUUACUUCUAUAUUGGCGAUAUGAGUCUUGUGCUUCCGAUACUUGUGCCUUGGAGGUUUAUGCAUACAAACAAGUCCCCCAAGUCCCCGGUCAAGAGUUCUCUUGGGUGGGAAGUUUGUUUUUGGUAGAAGUAUCAGAAGUGCAAGGCGAGUUCGUGUCACGUGGCUUCCGUACGACCACUACCCCCUAGUCCCCCAAGUCCCCACUUAAGAGGAGUCUUAGCUGGGGUGAGGAGAUCAUUCUCGCGAUUAUCAUUGUGUCGCUAUUGCGAAUUCGUGGUUUCAUGCGUCUUUUGGCGCAUAUGAUAUACCCUGGUGACACGUGUGCUAUUGCCAUUCGUUUUUCGUGUGCGGGAAGUCCUGUUUACUGGAAUCUGUAACAUGUAAUAAUGGCGUAGUGGUAAGGAGUCGAGGCGAUGACGCAUGACCUCUGUAACGCUCAGAGAUGUCGGACACGUGGUGAGAUCUGGUGUCGUCGUCCUUGCACGUCCAACGGUCCCUGUACUCUCGAGGUCCCUAUAUAUAGACAGAGGAGGGAGAUGGGGACGGUUAUUGUUCCUGUGUUUUGUUGGAGAUAGAGGUGAGUAAAGGUAGAGCUUUUAGUGUUCUGAAAGCUUGAAUCUUUCGUUUGGUGGUCGGAAUUUCGGGUUGUCGUCUUUGCUAUCUCUGUUUUCCGGUUGGAGGAGUGAACAAGUACGCUGUUUCUUGACUUUUCUAGGUUUCUUUCUGAGAACAUGUGUAGAGUGUGGGUAUGUUAAGGGGUCGUUUGCCAGAGGUGAGAGUUGUCUGUAGGCUUUAGGUCGUUAUGGGUUCGGUUAAUCUUUAGGGAAGGUGAUUUUUGGGUUUGGUCGGAUUUGCUGUUGCGGCGCCGGGCUAGGUUAUUAGAUUUUGAAAUUUUGUAGGGUGGGUCGGGGAAGGCGAUAGACGGGAGGCGAUUGACUAAUUGUGGGUAUCGCUCGCAGUAUGGCACGGGAGCAUCGUGGUCGCAGUAGACGAGAGGGUUCCUCUCGUGGAGGUGGUGAAGGAGUUUCUCGUGGUGGUGUCAGCGCUUCUCGUAGAGGUGGUGAGGGCGCUUCUCGCGGACGUGGCGAGGGUGCUCCGGGCAGAGGUGUCGUUGGCACUUCCUAAGGAGGUGGCAAGGGUUCGUCUCGUGGGGUCCCGAGUAGCGUUGAGCAUAUCACGGGCCCCGAGGCUUCCGAGGCCAAGAAUGUCGAGAUGUUGGAGAUUCCUCACUCGCCAGGUGGGCGGCUGCUCCUCGGCGAGAUGCCUAUUGAUCAGCAGGGUCCGAGUAUGACCAAGGAGCAGAUCGGUGAUAUGAGGGCGACUUAGGGUAUUCUGGGCGAUGUAUUGUUAUGCCCCUUGAGAGAGGGUGAGUGCUUAGGGGUGGGCGUGUUUUUAUGAGUAUCAGCUCAAGUGUGGGUUGACGUUCCCGAUACCGGAGGAGUUACAGUACUUGCUGUCGUGCCUCAACAUCUCCGUGGGACAGCUAUAGUCUAAUGCGUUGAGGCAAAUAAUGGGAGUUUUGGUGUUGUGGAAACUCAGCAGGCAACAAUGUCCCAGUAUUAGCGAGUUUAACUCGAUGUUCAAGAUGUAAUAUUCGACGAAGGCUAGACAUAGCGGGUGCAUGAAUUUUAGGGCACGGGGCCGCGAGAUUAUCGAGGACCUUCCGUCAAACAUUUAUGCUCGCUGGAGGGGCAGCCUUGCCUGGUUGGGGGUCGCUGGCAGAACACGGACAUGGUGCAUCGGGUUCCCACUCGUUUCCAGCCUAUAUGUGAGUAUCGUGAUUGCGUAUUUGGUGAAUUUUCUUUUGCCAUUGUGUGCUAAUUGCGUGUCUUUGUAUCAUAGUGAGGCAGGAGGCUAUCCUGACCACGCUAGAGCAGAAAAGUGUGGUGAGGGUUUUGGGCGCGUUCUCCAAGGGGAAGAGGGGGUUCUAUCGCAUGUGUAGGCUUCCAAUAUACAAGAGGUUUGAACUAGGGACCCGUCCGGGUGAAGGGCUGUUUCAUUGUUCAUGUCUGUUCAUUCAUUCAUUUGUGAUCUCGCUAACAUUAUUUGUUUGUUUUGCAGCCGAUAUGCCUAGCGAGGCUGCUAGCAAGAGUGAUGCUCCAUACGCUGAGGUGGAUACCGAUGUCAUUAUCAAGGAGUUGUUGUGAGAAUCAGAGACGGCAAAGUGGUGUGACGUCGAGCUUCCCGAUAAGGAGUACAUAUAGACUGGUCAUCGGGUGAAGAUGUUGCUACCCGAUGAGAUGUACCUUAGGUUUCAAGAUACUGUGCUGGGGUAUCUCAACCACCGAGCCGAGGAGGAGGCUGGUACUGAAUGCCAUGUAGCUCAGGGCCAUCAAGAGCGAGGUGCCGAGAUGGGGACGCAUUCUCGGGAGCGAGGGAGCUAGGCGGGUCAGCUUUCCCAGGCACUCGUUGAGGAGCGCCAGUCCCUCGAUAUUCAGGAAUGUGUAAGGCAGUCCCCCCAAGUCUUGAUGAGAAGGGUAGAGCGUGGCGCCGUGAAUCAGCCAUCGGAGCCGAUGGCUGAAGUGGAGAUCUCAGUCAAGGAGUUGUUUGAGGAAGCUGAAUGGCGUCAGAGCGACACCAGUGCCAGGGCUCGCUUGGUACAAGAUGCUGUUUUUGGUGGCGACAUUAUGGGUCCGAUGUCGCGAGACAUUAUUACUGUCGACAGUGGUGAAGUUGAGACUAGCCAAGCCGUUGGUGAUGCGAUACCGGUUGCUGAGGCUCCUGAAGUGCAACGGGAGCUUGGAGAGGGCGAUGUCAGGGGUACCCAGGUUGCCAAGACGAAAACCCCUGCCCAGGCUAGUGUACACACCAGGGAACACUUCACUAGGUUUGGCACUAUCAACUGAGGCCCGUAGGGAUACCUAGGUACCAUGCCAUGGGCCGGGUUCACAACCCACCGCGAUGGUGCUCAUCGGGGACGACACCACGGACACUCAGGGCCUCGGACCCGGCCAGCACAUUCCAUACAAGAAGACACCAGAAGGCAGAACUACAAAGAGAACCUACGUCCCAUAUCGAGGAGAAUGGAUACUCCUUUCCCAUGCUCUUGUAUAAGGAAUCAGCCCAACCACCCUUUCUGGGGUAAUAACUCAUUCAUUUACUAUUACUCGAUUUGUUUAUAUAUUAGUAUCUUACUCAGGCAUCGGAGAGGCAUAAACCAUCUGGUACGGUUUAUCCCUUUAACGCUGUGUUCCUGGUACAAGAUUUAGGGUACCCCAGCUGGUACAACAUUCUGUGUGAGGUACCCGGAGAAAGCCACCAGAAACAGCUAGCGAGGUGGAUGGGACCCAAGUGUCUGAUACACUUGCUCGCACUGAUGGAGCUGGGUCGAGGAAGAGGGUUGCUUCGCAGCUUUGUCUCGGGAGUCGCCCAAUGGGUGUUAGUGUUGAUAUCCGUGGAGGUAAGAGGGCUCGGGUUGACGGUGUAGCGCGCUCGAGAUCUAUAAGUGGGGGCUCUCGGGGUUCUCGCGACAAGGUUGCUGAGGGUCUCGCACGCACUCUUGGCGAGAUUUGGAUCACAGAUGGUGCCAUUUUGCAGAUGGUUGCCGAUUUGCGCAAUUGCCAUCGUAAUCGCAGCUGUGUGAACGCUAGGGACUCUCACCUCGGGUAUCGGGAGGCUCAAGAGAGGUUGAUGAGGGCUGUGAUUAUGAAUUAUCAAGCCUCCGCCGAGUUGCUUGCUCAUUUUGAUAGGGAGAUCGCCCGACUACAAGGGGAGUUGAAUGCCGAGAGGGAACAGGCACGCGAGCUUCAGGAUGCAUUGGACCGAGGCCAGGUGGAACGCGAGGAUAUGAGGCGAGCGAUUGACAAAGGGAUCACGAGAAGGAUGGAGUUGGAGCGAUCACUCGCAGUGGAGGAGUCCUGUCGUCAGGAGGCCGAGAAUGUUGUUGCCCCGCUGAGGCAGUCCAACCUGGACCUCACCGGUAAGCUGCAGCGGGCGGAGGUUGGCUUGAAGGCUUUGUAGCAGGUUAGGGCCCGGGUUGGCGAGGCUGAAGAGCGUCUGCAAGAGUUGGAGAGGCAAGUCCUGGAGCACGAUGCCGAGUUGGAGCUUCGGGGUGCCGCCUUGGAGAGUUUGGCUCCUUAUCCUGAUCGGGUUGUGGAGUUGGAGGGACAUGUCGAUACUUUGCAAGGGGAAAUUGACCGCCUGAGGGUCGUUGAACGCCAAGCUAGCGAGAGGGAGGCAGAGCUGGAGCACCUGAGGAAGGAGUUAGAUGAGCAGCGGACUCGGGCUAGUGACUUCGACUGCGUGCAACUGCCGAGACGCAUUUUGAUUAGCUCAAGAAGGCCAAGCGAGAUGGCGUGGCCAAGGUAGUGGAUAACUAUCUCUUGUCGCCCAACUUUCAGGAGAAGAUAAAUAAGGCCUUCUCGGAUGGGGCCCUGCACUCGAUCCGAGAUGGUAUCGCCGCUGGUUGGAUUGACCAAGAGAAGAUGGUCCGCAACAUGCAGGCGAAAAAGGCAGUGAGGUCACAAACCAGUGCCGCGAGUGGAGGCCGCGGAGGGGGGAUUGUGAUUCGCGAACCGACUACUGCUACUGAGCGUGCCCUGAGUCAGGCU